AUGACGAAGAAAAUAGUACAGUCAGUAGUCAAAACACGGAGAACACGAAAGAGAUCAUCUACAAUUUUAUGGAACAAGAGCUACAAAUCCAAAAACGCUCGGAACAGAAUUGAAUUCCAACGCGUUCACCGGGUAGGGAAGAGAGAGGUAAGAAAUCGUGCCUCAUCAUCGCAAAGUUCCUAGUUACUGCGACUGCGAAGAAAUCCUAUUUAAGGUGAGGAAGUUGUUAAAAGACAAGACUUACAGUGUCUUCGAAGACAUGCCAAAAGAAGUUUAUGAAUUAAGAAAAGCACAAUUCAAAAAACUGCAGAAUGCGAAAGAGAGAGGUGACACAGCGUACUUUAGUAAAAAAAUAUCCAGAUAAGCUUUUCAUAAACGGUAAAUAUAUCCCGUUAAAAUAACUUUCACUUUCCCUAAUAUGCCAAUAUGCUAAAUUACGAUAACUUAUCGUAACUUCUUUUUCUCUCUUUUUCUCUCACCACCUAUUUAAUUAUGUAAUUAGCAUAAACACAUCCGUUAACUGGUAAAUAAGAAAGCAAAGCUAAAGCCAAAACAGCUGUAUUCAGUACUAAGAUAAAUGGCGGUUGCCCUAAUAGAUAAUUGAUCCAAAACGGGAAAAGAGGCGGCAGUCUUUAAUCACACAUUCCUGGGGGAGGAUUAUGUCUUUGCAUCUGUAUUUUGUAAUUAUAUAUGUUGGCUUAUGUUUGUCUACCCUGGGUGCCAGAGACUUUUCUAGCGCGGUGUCCGGUUUUCUAGCGCGGUUUCCGGUUUCUGUCAAGUCUUUAUAGUGAGCCGCGCGAAAAGCCUCUGGAGCAGAGCGCUAUUGCUUUGAUGGCGCCGAUCCAAUCGUUAGUACGGUUAAAUCAGUUGGUCCAGAUUUUGGACAAGACGGCUGAUUGGCUACUAACGACCACCUGAGGGACUUUGAAUCUAACAGACGCUACAAUUGGUUGAAAAGAAUAGACCAGCACAUGAAAGAAUAUUUCCAGCUUUAGAAGUGUUGUUGUGUUGUGUGUUGGCUUUGGAAAGUUUUGGAAAAGCAUGAUAAGCAAUGUACUAGAAGGGCAAGUUAAAAGCUAUGAGCAAACAAGUGGAGUGUUUGAUUUUAUUUAACGCAAUUAAGCUUUUAUCACCAAUUCAGCUUUUGUAGCAAUACGGUUUAAGCUUUACUAAUUUCCUAUUUCAAAUGAUUACAACAUGUUUUGAAAUAGUUUGUAUUGAUGGAUUAGGAAUAUAAAAACAAAACAUAUAUUUGUAGUCUAAAAGGAAGGUCAGAAGGCAACACACGACUUUUGCCUCAUGCCAAAAUGCUGCUUGUUCCAAUGAAUUUUUUCCGUGAUGGGUAGAUUAUGCUCUGGAGAAAAACGUUUUGACUGAGCAAAUUGAUUUUUGCCGAUUAUUUCAUACUGAUAGGUCGUGACACGCAUAUUGAUUUUCUGCAGUUAUUGUGUCUGGUCGACAUUUUCUUUGACCUUUUUUGAAAUGUUAAGCUCUUCAAUGCGGCUAAAUAAGGGUUUUAGGUUGUUUAAUUUCUCCAAAGUGCCUUCUGGAUCUGAAUAAUUAUAAGCGAUUUUCUUUUUGUCCGUGAAAGUGACGGUUUCCGGCAAUGUUUUGUCACGCUGGGACCAGCUCGUUAGCGUUUUUAGCAGGAUGUUAAAUUCUCACGGAUAAUGAUUUUCAGACCCUAAUCUCGAUACAUCAACUAUGGAGAACUGCAAUGUGACCCAGUCAUGAUUGCUCUUAAAGCAAUGAAUUUUAAACUCCAACUUGUUUUGCUGAGGAUAAUGUGGGUCUUUGGACACUUCUUCACGUGCCGGCCCACAUGAUCACAGUCGGAGACUUUCAAUCUGAUUGGCGUAAAUGUAAUCCGAUAAAAAAGCACAAAGGUCAAUGGGGACGGUAAAAAGCACCGCUCCGUGCCAGAGGUUUUUCUCGCGGCUUCGCCGCUCGUGGCUUCGGCCUACGGCCGAAGAUGUGUCGGCCUUCGGCCAACACCGAAAAUUUCCGCCGCACGCGAGAAAAACCUCUGGUACCCAGGGUAAUGUUUGUCUCGUCUUUAUUUGCUUAUUUUGUCUUUUGUGUCAAUGCCUAUUUGUAGUUAAUAUACCAUAAUAUGCUUUAUACGUAAGAGUUCACGUCCUUUCUUAAUUAAUAGCGUCAGAAGUAUACAACGUUGGGUUGUCCGUGGUUCCUUCUGCACUCCAAGCACUACACAUUUAAGGUUAAAACUUCGCUUUAACCGUUAAUUUGAUGAGUUUGUUUAAACGUAAGGGGUAUUAGCAACUUUACCAAACGACGUACAAUUUAUACAUGGUGCCGUAAACAGAAGGCUGAUGUUGUAUAUUGCAAGAAACGGAUUCAAAGAAGGAGACAGAGGUGCAGUGGAAAAAUGAAUGGGGUGGCGAAAUACUUUUCUGAUAUGGAAGCCCUAAUUCAUGUGGUACAGCAAUAUUGAUCACAAACAAUACCAAUUAUUCAGUUCUAUCGACAACUCAUUUUUGGGUCGUUUUAUUAUACUAAAAAUCCAAAUCGAUGACAAAGUAUAUGUUCUUGUAAAUAUCUAUGCACCGAACAAACAUAAGGAUCUAAUUCAGUUUUUUAUAGAAAAUUACUUAGAAAAACAUUAUAUUAGGGGGUGAUUUCAAUUGUCCUUAAAAUCCUAGGUCUUGAUAAACACGGUGGUGUCAUAUGAUUCCAAGAAGAGCAGCAAUUAAUAGCCUUGAAACUUUACAAAGCGAACUGGACUUAGUUGAUAUUUGGAGAAUCAAGAACCCUCAAACAAGAAGUUACACGAGGAGUCAAAAAUCCCCAACAGUUCUCUGUCGUCUAGAUUUUUGGCUUUUCUCUAACAAUCUCUGUGAUUUUAUAAACGCUACUGAAAUACAGCCUGCAAUACGCACAGAUCAUGCAGCAAUAACCUUAGUUCUAGGAGACAUUGGAGAAAUAAAAGGUCCUGGUAUAUGGAAGAUGAAUGUUUCGCUCUUAGAGGAUGAAAACUACUUAGAACAGUUAAACAAGAGGGUGAAAUUGAUCUGUCCAACAAACAAUGCGUUUGGGACUGGAUCAAAUACAAUUAGAUUGCACGCUAUUAGCUACUCCAAAGAAAAAGCCAAACUUAAAUAA